UUAUCGAUGACUGUGUUUUGCAUUCUGGGUUUGCUUUAUGCCCAUCUUUUAUUAACUUACUACAACUAUGCCAUUGAGCAGCGAGUUCUUACGUUCCUGUAUAAAAUUCAUGGGACAAAGGCCUUUUUCUUAUUUUUUUCACAGAACUUUUCACCAUCGAGCAGUGAGAUCGUCCAUGCCAAGUGCAUUGAAUUUUCAAAUUCUAACAGGACAUAUUAUGUUCAGUGGUGAAUCCUGAGAUUUGGCACUAAAAAAUAGCUAGGCUGCUGGGCAGAAGGAAGAAACAAGAGCGCAAAGCAGAGUCAGAGACGGUGGCUUCCACUGCUGUAAGUACCGACAAAUGGGCUUUUCCGAUUUGGGAAGAAAGAAACUACUCAAUCAUGGCACGGUGGUCUGUCAAGUAUUCAAGGUUUCCAAACCCAUCAACGAGAACAUCUUGCUUGUGCCAGCCAUUAUUAAGGAUGCGCUGCCAAAGUCUUUUCUUCGUGGAAAAAAUUUCACUUGCACAGGCGAGAUUAUGAUGGUGCCUUAAAUACUGACAAUUUUCUUGCAUUCUUCAUUGCCUUCAGCUCCGGUUUUGUUUUCCAGCAACUUCUCUGGAUGUACGCUCUCUUUUCAAUUGCUUUGAAGGGUUUGCUUUUGCCAUUGCAUUUAAGAGAACACUCAAUUUCGAGCAGUUUUUUAUUUGACUCCUGGUGAUCAGUAUUUUCAGGUCUUUUGAAGAGGUCGCUUUUAUUUAUCGUCAAUAUUUCCUCAGAGUAAUGGCUAUUCAUUUACAGAACAUUAAAAAAUAUGUUUUCUACCCUUUAAUCCGAGCUCGGGUAUGUCGUGUUUGGAUUCCAAAACAAAAUGGACAAGCAACGAACUUCAAUUGUCUAUUUGUUAAUCGUGAGGGUGGUACAAUACAAGGAUCAGCUAAAUCUAGAGAUGUUGCACAUUUUUCUUCAAUCAUCACUGAGGGUGACUAUUAUGAAGUCAAAAACUUCUACACCUUUGAAAAUCGGUACAUGAAUAUUGUUGUUAGCCAUGAAGCUGUUAUUGAUCUUAAGUCUGACACCAAAGUCACUCACCUCAAUUCUCUCCCACUUUCCAUUCCACGAUAUUACUUUAAUUUCAUGGAUUUCACACAUGUCCUUAACAAAGGAAAAGAAUCAAGACUUCUCACAGAUGUUCUUGGUAGACUAAAAGCAAUACAACCGAUUGAGAAGAUUUUGGUUCGGGGGCAAACACUUGAAGACAAGAGGGAGUUCAUUCUUGAAAAUAUACGAGGCGAGGAGCUUCGUAUUACUUUAUGGGGUGACAUUGCUCGAAGCUUUGACGAGGCUUCUUUGGCAGAACAAGAUUCUCCAGUCAUCGUUGCUUUUGCUGGUUUUCGUGUCUCUGAAUUUAGCGGAUCUGCAAAUCUGAUUGGCACCGCAGCUUCACUUUGGUAUUUUAACCCGGACAUACCAGAGUUAUUAGCAUACAAACAUUACUAUGCUCAAAUCCCUGUUGACAUUCACCAGCUACCUCCAUCAUCACGAGCUAUUCUAUCAUUAGAAACUCAAAUAAAUGAAAGUAGGAGAACAAUAAGAGAGAUCCUCUGUAUGGACCCAUUCGAGCACAAGAAUGAAAGAUUUACAUGUAAAGCUUUCAUAGUGGAUUAUGAUCUCUUCAAGGGAUGGUGGUGCGAGAGCUGUCCAGAUUGCAACAAGCCACUCUCUGGACUCCCUAAUAAUUUACGAUGCAUGGAGCAUGACUAUCCAACCUCUACACCAGUCCCAUGGUUCAGAAUUAAUUGCAUCGUCAGAGAUGGUCAAGAUGUCACGAAUUUUCUUCUCUCCGGCAAGACAGUUGAGUAUUUUUUCAAUGCUUCAGCUCAUCAUUUGGUGUUCGACAAAAAAUUCACUGACCCAUUUAUUGUUCCACCUCAAAUGAUUGAGAAAUUAAACAAAACAAAAAUAUUUCAACUUCGAUUUGGUGCCUACAAAUCUGUUCUCAGCAGAUGUGAAAUAUAUGUUUGCAACAUCUUCGAUGACAUUGCAACUGAAGCAUAUAUUAACCCGGCUAGCCCCAUUAAAGUUGCUGAUGCAACAGGCCCAAUAGCCACUGGUGUUGGAAGUUCCAUACCUUUCACCUCUCCAACACCAAACCUUACAGAUCCCUUAAGUGUAGAUCAAUCUCAAAAGCACACCUCUCCGCAAAAAGACACGUUCCAUGACAGCUGCCAUCGCCAGUCAAAAAGAGCAUUAAUCUUCAAUGACUCUGGGCCACACGACAGCACCCAACUUCCCCAACCAAGACCCUUGAAAGAUUAUGCAGACUCAUCAAAGGAACAUCUCUGUGAAGAUGAUGACACUCCUGGACCAGGACUUUCAAAGAAGCAACACCUCUCCAUUUCAUCAACUGAAAAAGAAAAAAACUAGCAUUCAGUCAACCAAUGCUUUCUUAUCCAACAUCGCAAGCUAAUUGGACGUCUUUAUCAUCUGCUUUGUUAAUACAACCUCCCGCCCAUUGACGUCCACUUCUCUAUCUAUAUGUAUAAAGCAUAAAAUAUGUAACUUUAAAUACUUUUGUUAUACUUGGAUUUAAUUAUCUUUACUUAACUUUUACAACUAGCUUUAUGAAUAUCAUGUCUUUUGCUAUUUAUGAA